AUGGCGGCAUCCCUCUUUGCCCUUCGUGGCACCCGCCAGCUUGCGCUGCGAUCGCGUGUUCGCGUCCCCUCCAUUGCUAGAGCUUCAAUCUCGCCAUUGAACCUGCAGAGACGGGGCGUACACAGCUCGCAGCCUCGUGGAGUUUACAAUAGCACCCUCGCCGAUCACGGUGACCCCCACCCCCAAGAUAUCUUCCAGCCUCUCGAUACCUUCCCCCGCCGACACAUCGGUCCUUCUCCAGAUGCCGCCGGGCAGAUGCUAGCAGUGCUGGAUCCCCCAGUGGCAUCUUUGGACGAGUUUGUGAAGCAGGUCCUGCCUGAGGACAUUCUCUCCAAGAAGAACCUCGAGCUUUCCGAGCCCCAUGCCGAUAUCAACUUAUACCGCUCCAGCGUGCAGGGUGGUCUCGGCGAGACCGACAUGCUCAAGCUCUUGAAUAAGUACCGGGAGCAGAUUGAUGUCUCCGGAAAGACCUACAUUGGAACUGGCUACUACCCCACGAUCGUGCCUCCCGUCAUUCAGCGCAAUGUGCUCGAGAACCCCGCCUGGUACACCAGCUACACCCCCUACCAGCCCGAGAUCAGCCAGGGUCGUCUGGAGUCUUUGUUGAAUUUCCAGACUCUGACCGCUGAUCUGACCGGUCUGCCUUUCGCCAAUGCCUCCGUUCUGGACGAGGCCACCGCCGCCGCCGAGGCCAUGACCAUGUCCUUCGCCACUAUGCCCGCUUCUAAGCAGAAGAAGGCUGACAAGUCUUUCGUUGUCUCCCACCUUUGCCACCCCCAGACCAUUGCCGUGAUGCAGUCCCGCGCCGAGGGAUUCGGAAUCAACCUGGUUGUUGGUGACAUCCUGGCCAACGACUUCCAGCUCGUCAAAGACCAGAAGGACCACCUGAUUGGUGUCCUUGCCCAGUACCCCGAUACCGAGGGUGGUAUUUACGACUUCCAGUCCCUGGGUGACUCUAUCCACGGUCAGGGUGGUACCUUCAGUGUUGCCACUGACCUGCUUGCUUUGACUGUGCUCAAGGCCCCUGGUGAGUUCGGUGCCGAUAUCGCGUUCGGCAGUGCCCAGCGUCUUGGUGUACCCAUGGGCUUCGGUGGUCCCCACGCUGCUUUCUUCGCUUGUGCCGAUAAGUACAAGCGUAAGGUCCCCGGUCGUGUUGUUGGUGUGUCCAAGGACCGUCUCGGCAACCGCGCUCUGCGUCUGGCUCUUCAGACUCGUGAGCAGCACAUUCGUCGCGAGAAGGCUACUAGCAACAUUUGCACUGCUCAGGCUCUGCUCGCUAACAUGACUGCCAUGUAUGCUAUCUACCACGGCCCUGUCGGCCUCAAGUCUAUCGCCGAGCGUAUCAUGUCCAUGACCACUCUUCUUCGUGAGAAGCUUGUCGGACUUGGCUACAACGUUCCUCUCCGCACCAAUGGUGACUCUGGUGUUGUCUUUGACACUCUCGCCGUUGAGCUGCCCAGUGCUGCAGAGGCUGAUGCCAUCAUGGCUGAGGCCAAGGCCAGCAACGUGUUCCUCCGCCGUCUUGGUGGUAACAAGGUUGGUCUCUCUCUGGAUGAGACUGUUGGCCGUGAUGAGGUUAAGGAACUCUUGGCUGUCUUUGCCGCUCACAAGUCCGUUUCCCCCGUCGAGGUCGACGGCCACCUUGGUGUCACUCCCAUCCCUGCCAACCUUGAGCGCACCUCCGCCUACAUGACUCACCCGGUUUUCAACACCCACCACUCCGAGACUGAGAUGCUCCGAUACAUCCAUCACCUCGAGUCGAAGGAUUUGUCUCUGGCCCACUCUAUGAUUCCUCUCGGAUCUUGCACCAUGAAGCUGAACGCUACCUCGGAAAUGCUUCCCAUCUCUUGGCCCGAGUUCUCCCAAAUCCAUCCCUUCAUGCCUGCUGACAAGGCCAAGGGCUACACCAACAUGAUUGAUGAUCUCGAGCAGCAGCUCUCCGAUAUCACCGGCAUGGCUGAGGUUACUGUUCAGCCCAACUCCGGUGCCCAGGGUGAGUUCGCUGGUCUCCGUGUUAUAAAGAAGUACUUUGAGGGCAAGGGUGAUGCCAAGCGCAACUUGUGCUUAAUUCCUGUCUCUGCCCACGGUACCAACCCUGCCAGUGCCGCCAUGGCCGGUAUGCGCGUUGUCACCGUCAAGUGUGACACCAAGACCGGUAAUCUCGACCUCGAGGACCUCAAGGCCAAGUGUGAGAAACACAAGGACGAGCUUGCCGCAUUCAUGAUCACCUACCCCAGCACCUUUGGUGUCUUCGAGCCCGGUGCCAAGGAGGCCUGCCGUCUGGUUCACCAGCACGGUGGUCAGGUCUACAUGGACGGUGCCAACAUGAACGCCCAGAUUGGCCUCUGCUCCCCUGGUGAGAUCGGCGCCGACGUGUGCCACCUCAACCUGCACAAGACCUUCUGUAUCCCCCACGGGGGCGGUGGCCCCGGUGUCGGCCCCAUUGGUGUUGCCGAGCACCUGCGUCCUUACCUGCCCUCUCACCCUACUAGUGAGUAUCUGCAGUCCAAACGUGGUGACUCCUCUUCUCCACCAAUUAGUGCCGCUCCCUGGGGUAGCGCCAGUAUCCUUCCCAUCACCUUCAAUUAUAUCAACAUGAUGGGCGACCGCGGCCUGACCCACGCCACCAAGAUCACCCUGCUGAACGCCAACUACAUCCUCUCCCGCCUUAAGCCCCACUACCCAAUCCUGUACACCAACGACCACGGCCGCUGCGCCCACGAGUUCAUCCUCGACGUGCGCGGCUUCAAGGAAACUUGCGGUAUCGAAGCCAUCGACAUCGCCAAGCGCCUCCAGGACUACGGCUUCCAUGCCCCGACUAUGUCCUGGCCCGUCUCCAACACCCUGAUGAUCGAGCCCACCGAGUCCGAGAGCAAGGCCGAGCUGGACCGCUUCUGCGACGCCCUGAUCUCCAUCCGCAAGGAAAUCGCCCAGGUCGAGGCAGGCGAGCAGCCCCGCGAGGGUAACGUCCUCAAGCUGUCCCCUCACACCCAGCGUGACCUCCUUACCACCGCCUGGGAGCGUCCCUACACUCGUGAGAAGGCCGCUUACCCCGUGCCCUACCUGCUCGAGAAGAAGUUCUGGCCCACCGUCACUCGUGUCGAUGACGCUUUCGGUGACCAGAACUUGUUCUGCACUUGCGGUCCUGUCGAGGACAGCGAAUAG